AUGGCGGCUAAACGAACAAUACUUUCCUUCCAGCGCAACGCAAAAUUAUUUUCUGCCCCCGCGACUGUAGUUUCAGUCCAUCCAUGGAGCGGGUUAGAAGAGGACAACCGGCAGCUCUUCAAAGAGGGCCGUGACGGGGACUUUGCCAUCAUCACCGACCAGACCAUCUUCCAUCCCCAGGGUGGGGGUCAACCGUCUGACGUCGGCUCAAUGACGAUGCAAUCGCCUCAGAGAACCUUUAAUGUGCUAUCGGCGAGGAUGGAUGCCGUCCGUGACGGUCAGGUCUUGCAUUUUGGCCGUCUUGAGUCUUCUGAUACCACCUCAAGCGACCUAGGCAGUAUCUUCAAACCUGGCAUUACGAUUACCCAAGAAAUCGACGUCGAAAAACGACUGUACUACUCCCGCCUCCACACUGCAGGCCAUGUUCUCGGAUCUGCAGUUAGGCACCUUUUGGAGAAAGAAAUCGAAGGUUUCGAUGAGCUCAAGGCAUCCCACUUCCCGGAUUCAGCUUCCUGCGAGUUCCAGGGCCUCAUCGAUGGCAAAUGGAAGGAGCCCAUACAAAAGAAAGUCGACGAGUUCGUGGCGGCCAAAUUGCCUGUCGAAGUAGACUUUUGGGACGAGGAGGAUUUCCGUAAGCAUGGCCUGGAGAGGCUUAUUCCCGAUCCAGGCCUCGCGGCACCAGGAGAGAAGUUCCGCAUCGUCAAGAUUACUGGGGGCGAGCUUUACCCCUGCGGAGGAACACAUGUUGACACUACUGACUUAUGCGGGGAGACCAAGGUGAAGAAAAUUUCCAGGAGCAAGGGCAAGUCUCGUGUUAGCUACGCAGUAGAUUUGUAA